GCUGGAGCGAGUUGCCCUGGGGCGGACUGAGGCGUGGUCUCCCGAGCGGUCCGCGUUCUGUCCCUCCAGCUAAAGAAGGACGCGGAGGGCGGCCCAGCAGUCUGUAGGUUCCCGCGCGUCCCGAGACUCCGCGGCCUCGCACCCCCACGACUUCGCAGCAUGGCCGUCAAGAAGAUUGCCAUCUUCGGCGCCACCGGCAGGACCGGGCUCACCACGCUGGCUCAGGCGGUGCAAGCAGGUUAUGAGGUGACAGUGUUGGUGCGGGACUCCUCCAGGUUGCCUUCAGAGGGGCCCCAGCCAGCCCAUGUGGUCGUGGGCAAUGUUCUGCAGGCAGCUGAUGUGGACAAGACCGUGGCUGGGCAGGAUGCUGUCAUCGUGCUGUUGGGCACCCGCGAUGACCUCAGUCCUACCACAAUGAUGUCCGAGGGUGCCCAGAACAUUGUGGCAGCCAUGAAGGCCCACGGUGUGGACAAGGUCGUGGCCUGCACCUCGGCCUUCCUGCUCUGGGACCCGGCCAAGGUGCCCCCACGACUACAGGAUGUGACCAAUGACCACAUUCGGAUGCACAAGGUGCUGCAGGAUUCGGGUCUGAAGUACGUGGCCGUGAUGCCGCCCCACAUAGGAGACCAGCCACUGACUGGGGCCUACUCAGUGACCCUGGAUGGACGUGGGCCCUCGAGGGUCAUCUCCAAACAUGACCUGGGCCACUUCAUGCUGCGCUGCCUCACCACCAAUGAGUAUGAUGGGCACAACGUCUACCCUUCCCACCAGUACAACUAGGGCUCUGUCCCUGUCCAGGAGGACAGCAUUCUGGGAAAUGCAGAACAAAGAAAUGGAGCAAUAAAUCUUGAGCCAAGAGCUUCAGAUUGUACGAGAAGGCCCAA